UCCCGCUCAGGGUGGGUGGGAGGUGCUGAGCCCUUCCCUUUGGAUGGGGCGGCCUUGGUCUGUGGAGCCCUUGGGAUGAUGGCGCUGGGCUCCCCUCAGAGCUACUGGGGAUGCUGGUGAAGGGUGGACCAAGCAGGAGCAGGCAGCAGGGCCGUUCCCACGGGAUGCUGCGGGUGCUCCCGGACGCAUCCAUGGUGCUCACAGCCCCGUUCCCCCCACCCCAACGCGGCCGGAGGGGGGGGGGCCGCGGGCGCCGUCGGAAGUGCGGCCGUGACGCGUCCGCUUCCGCUCCCACCCGCGGCGGCGGCGGCAGCGAGCGGAGCCCCGGCAGGACACCAGCGACAUGUUUGCUGUCUGCCCUGCGGCAAAUGCCCCGUUCCGGCAGGGCCGGGGGGGCCCAGUGCUGGACACGGGCACCCCAGGGGCCAGCCAUGGACAGGAUCCCAACUCCAACUUCGUGGGAGAGGUGUGUGACAGCAAUGAGAACUGGAGCCGGGCAGCGCCAGGCUCUGUGCCCAAGGAGAGCUCCAGGCAGAGCGAAAACAUGGCACAUCCAUCGGAUAACCUGUUAUUAACACAGAGACAGAGGGUCCAGGGCUGGCCUGGGGACACCCCCCUGGGCACAGUGCGGCCACAGCCCCCCGAGCAGGGGGUGCGCAGCCCCCCCGAGGGAGCAGAGGUCGGUGGGGCCGGGGGGCAGAGCGCUGGCACCGAGCAGGCAGCCGGGGGCUAUGGGGGGUCCCCGAGCUCCCCCGUGGAGGACAAUGGCUACGGCAGCAGCUCCCUCAGCAUCGACAGCCCUGACAGUGCCUGUGGGAGCGCUUGGGACCCUCCUCCCUCUGCCCCCGUCCCCAGGAGCCCACCACAGGCUGGGGUGUCCCAGCCGGAGCCCCGGACCCUGUUCCCGGUGCUGGCAGCGGCCGUGCAGCACCUGCAGGACAAGGAGCGCUUCAAGGAGCAGGAGAAGGAGAAGCACCACAUCCAGCUGGUGAUGUACCGGCGCCUGGCCCUGCUGCGCUGGAUCCACGGCCUCCAGCAGAGAGUCAUGGACCAGCAGAACCGGUUGCAGGAGAGCUUCGACACCAUCCUGGAUAACCGCAAGGAGCUCAUCCGCUGCAUGCAGCACGGCCCCGUGUGCCCUGCCGGCACGGCUGCUGCCAGCCCAUGAGGUGCCACUGGUGCCCUCCUGGCUGGCGCGGGGCUGGCUGGUGGCAUCUCCAUGCUGCAUGCCAAUGCGGGGUGCUGCUGGGCACCAGGGCAUCCACCUCGUCCUUCCCAUCUCUCUCCAGUGUAGCUGAGCAUCCCCAGACGUUCUCUCUGCAUGGGAAUCCAUUUCCUUCUGCUCCAUGUCCUGCUGGUCUGGGGACCGUGUGGCUUGGACCUCAGGACCUUGGGGUUUGCUGAGCCCAGCAUGAUGAGGCUCAUCUUUUACAUCUCAUUUGUGGUCCCUUGUAUGAGCCCGGGACGUGUGCUGGGACAGGCCCUGCAGUGAGCCCUAUGGGUGUCACCUCAAGGGCUUCAGGGCAGCAAAGCUUUUCAGUGUACCUGGGCAGAGAGCUCCACAUGUGCUCGGGCACCAGCACAAGCUCACUUUGUCCCUCAUCACACACCAGUGUGCAGGUACUGAACAGUGGUGUGGUGUGGGCAGGGUCUCCUGUGCUGCUCCUCCAGACCCACCCAGGUGCACUGGUUUAAUGAAGCAGUGUGAAAGCUUCGCAGAUAAGACCUAAACUGCAGAGAGAUGGAGAGGGAGAAACAACCAAACUGGUUCUGAAAAGUGGCCUCAGGAUGCUUAAAAGAGCAUCAAUGGGUUCAAAUCCAGUGUUGUUUUGUUCUGAUGCAGUGUUAGAGGGGAGUGAGUUUCGAUCUGUCCUUACAGGCAGUGUGUAUGUGCACAUCUGCCUGUCGUGGGAGAUGCUUUAACACGGUGCAUGGUCAGGGAGCUGCUUGCAAACUUGUGCUGUUGGUGUUCUGAGUGAUUUAUCAUUUGGAAGCAAAGAGAAUCUGUUUCUAGUCUGCAUUUUACCCAGCGAGGACUGAGUACACAAUACAAAGAGCUGGGGAUUGCAGUGGAGGUGCUGAGUUUGUCUGCUGUAUUUACCUGUUAGCAGGACAUGCGUUCUGUUCAAGGUGCUGGGCUGGAUGGAGCAGCAGUGGGAUGGUUUCACUGUCCCUGCCCCUGCCUGCAGCCCCUGUGCAAAGCCAGGCACUGAUUUUGUUCCUCAUCUGCCAAAGGAGGGUGAUGAGGAAUUGCUGAGGUCCCAGACCUCUUCCUGCCCUCGCAGUGGAGCUGAGGGAUGGACAGAUCCCGGCUUCCACUGACCACGAGAUGCUGCUGCACCCCAAAGGAAUGGCUGUGACUGGUAGGGCCAGGGCUGCACUGAGCCUUCUGCAUCCCACCCCAGGGCAUAGCCAGGCCCUGCUCCUGCCCGAGCCUGGGGGUAAACUGAGAUCUGCAAAACUCUGCUUCCAGAAAGGACAUUGUGGUGCCAAAGGAUACCCUGAGCUCAAAGCAACCUGUGCUGGGCACUGCACCCGGUGCUGGGGACCAGAGGGAUCCGGCAGCAUCGCACCCUCACUGCUUCACCACCCUCCUGCUUCCUCAUAUCCAGUGCCUGCUGCCUGUGUUGUAUUACCCCGAGUGUGUUUGUGGGCAUGUUGCACACCUUAAUAAAAGCCUUGUGGGUGAAAGA